CGAAUCGCGCUUCCUCUCAUCCCAAACAGCGACUUUUUUUUUGCACUUCAAGUCUCUCCGUCUCCAAAACAUGCUCAUUUGUAUUGAGACAACUAAUUUACUUUAGCAAAUGAAAGCAUGGUCAUGUCAUGGCCCCUAGUCUCCGAGACCUGAUUGAUUUCCUCCUCGCAGAGAUUGCGCUCUGCGGCAGUCAAGGCGCAUCUCCUGCGGACAUCUUAUCGUUCAUUGAUAUUUUCUAUGCGAAAUCCGCCAAAAAUGAUUCGGAUCGCACUCCCAUCAUUGACCGGCGAUUCCAGGAAAAAGUAUGGCAGUGGCUAGCCAGGAACCCUGAAGUUUCCGUGGGCAAAAGCCGUGAGGGAAAUGGGUUGACCCUCGAAGAGGCCGAAAGGCGCCAACUUGGGAUGAAGGAUGCAGAGGAGAAACCUAUUAAUAUGUUCGUUUCUGAGGAACGAACAUGGCUCGCCAUCACUGGGCAUGGGCCCGACGACACCAAAGUUCUUCCUAUGGAGUUUUCGCUUCUCUCUAUCAUCGCCUCCCACAAGUCUAGCGGUAUUGCUCAACCAGAGUUGAUAAAACUCAGCGGUCAAGACAAACGAUCAGUGCCCAAGCGUACCGACGUUCUGCAACGAAAGGGGUACAUCGAAAAGAGAGCCAUUCAGAUGAAAGCGACCCGUACAAGUCUUUGCACGCUGCGCAAAUUUCUGUCCCCAGAAAAUGUCGCCGCUGAUGUCCCUGAUUCUGGAGCGGAUGCCGCCGCCAAGAUGAUCGAUUUCAAUGCUUUCACUAACAAGCUCUUCGAAAUCCUGCGCGAACAUAAAGUUAUCGCCCGAAAUGACCUGAAGGAACUGCUGGGCUUCAAUGACCAUUGGCGGUGGAGGGUUCUUUCCCGCGCUCUACGAAAGUUUGAGCGUAUUGGUGUAGUCAGACGUGUUAGAGCUCUGUCACAGUAUGCCCACACUAUGAAGAAAUACCACCCAUGCGUAAUGCUCGUCCGCGAGCCGACAGAGAAGGAUAUAGAUGCGUUUCACGAUUUCAGCCUGCAUAUGUAUUCCGACAUGGAGCAGAGUGGAGAUGCAGGUUUCGAUGACGACGCAGAGGCCGAAGAUACAACUGAGGGCCCAUCUACUGCAGGCAAUGUCGGAUCGAUGGAAAGGGAAGAAGAUGUGGAAGUCUCUGGACGAGCCAUACCUCUUUGGUCCCCUGAUCGAAUCAUCCAUAAUCAACUGUUCGAGGUGAUCGAUCGAGCUGGAACUAUGGGGUGCACCAAUUUUGAUAUCAUAAGAGCAUGUUUCGGGGUUCUCUGGCGACGACCCUUGGAAAACACCUUAACUCGUUUAGUGGAAUGCUGGCAGCUGUCCCAACCUCCGUAUUUGCGGCAUCUCGCUCUUGUACGUGAUACAGCUUUACACCGCACGAUCACCCACUACGUCCAUUACUCUGCGACGAACUUCAGCAAACUGGUUGAAGCUGGAGACGCAUCCUGGGAAGCUGUUGAAUUCGUUCCAAGGAAUAAUAAAUUAGACACAAUUCCUGUUCCGCCUGUGGACGCAAAACCACAGCUCGAUGACUACGGUUUACCUUUGGAUGCCCCUACGAGCGACUUGGUGAAAAAUGGCGACUGCUCUCUUGCGGACGGCAUAUGGGUCGUCAAACCAAGGGAUUACAAGUGCUCUAGCAGUGAUCCCCAGGCAAUAAAGUUAGAGGGUGGCUCAUAUACGAUCCAGUACGGUGUCAAAGGACAGAACAUCCCAUCGCCAUCCGGGCGGCGAGCCACACCCCCGGCCUCUCCAGUACGGUUGAAAUUCGAAGACGAGGCAAUGUCCAACAUAAGUGCAGAUGUCCUUAGGGCACCGGCACCUAAGCGCCCGAAAAAAUCAAAAUACGACUCCUUGGAUUUCGCAGGAAUGUCCGAAAAAGAGAAGCUUGAAGCUAUGGGCAUGGAUGCGUCAUGGACUGAAUAUAGUGUCCUCCUUAUCGAGCGCCCAGGUCCUGGAGUGUAUGUUACCUCGCGCGGACGACGGCGACCAGCUGGUAAAGAGCGAGGACGUCCCCCGGCUAGUCGGAUCGCGGUAUUUAAGACGCCGAAACUACUAGAUUUACCGUGGUUUCGGAAAGAGAAUAUUGGAUCAGAGAACGGCGGCAGUCCUGUACCUGAGUCGUCUCAACCGCGGAAUGUCGACGAAAGCCUAUUAACGCCUACGCCUAACUCAGUGGAGCCCCCUGGACCGCCGGCACUGGGUGUCGAACGAGGCACAAAACGAACAUUUCAGCUAAGAGAAUCCGGACCAGAGCCUGAUAAGGCUUCAAAGUUACGCCGUACCGGUGACGUUGCUAUCGGUUUAGGGACUCCUCAGGAAGAACCGGGUGCAGACGAGGUAAUGCUUGAAGGACAAACCGCGGAGACCGGGAUGCAGGAGCCUCAAACGCCCUCUCACACCAGAAGCAAGAGGAAAAGAACACCGUCUCCUCAAAUAGCGCGUGAAGAAAGUGCUCGUGCCCGGGAAAAUGAUGGUAUAGCCACAAAACCGUCUUCUGAACAGAAAGGUACCCCAGUAACGGAGGAGACUGGUCCAAAAAGGCUCCGCCGAAAAUCACCUGGCGGGCGAACGAACGGGGGAGCAGAACCUUCGGCCAUACCAAUGGCGGCCACAAAUCCACCGGAGGCUCCUAGGGCUGACCAUGGCGACCAACGUCCACCAGAGUCGGCAGCACCGGAUGAGAACAUGCCCGAUGCUUCCCAACGCACGGCUGGAACGGGGGUAAAUAAUAAACCUGCCGUUAAAGGUCCACUGGAAGAAUCCAGGGUACCUCCACAGAGAACCGUAAAUAGUGGUUCGAGCGCAUCUAAUGCUGGUGCCACAAGUAUACCGCCAUCAACACCAGGUGUUUACCGGACUGAAACACCCGGAUCCCAUAUAUCCCAGACUCCCGAAACCCCAGGCUCACAUGUGAUACGGUCGAAGCUUCUGGACAAAGGAGGGUCUGUUGCCUUUCUACGAAGGAAGAUCGUCAUGGACCUCGUCGAGAAGGCCGGAGGUGCCUUUCCCAUGGGCACCGAGCUUUGGUACCCCUUUGUUACUGUGUGGAUGAAGACCAAGUAUAAGGAAAAGCCGGAUAUGAGGACGCUCAGGACUGCAGUCAAACAUCUGGUAGAUACGGGGAAGCUCCGCCAACAGACCUUCUGCGGUAAAGACAGCAAGGGUGUCAUGGUCACGAAGACACUCAUUUGCAAGUCGGAAAUAGGGCCAGAUGAUCCCAUUGUUAAGGAUAUGCAGCAAAAGCUUUUGGCAUCGACAACUCGACACUUUUUCCCGCCUAAUAUUGAAGUCGAUCCGAGCCUCUCAAAGCACAGGGGAACACCUAAGACCGUCAAGCAGUAUACUGUUCCUGUCGAACCUACAGUUACCGUGAAAUUGCAUCAGAAACCAGCGGCAGUCGCCGCGUUGGAGAAGAGAAGAGGAGAAAAUAUCCAGAAGAGGCUCCUUCGACGGCUCGAAAUCGAACAGAUGCGGGAGAGCAUGCAAGAAGUACGACCGUCAGGCGCCGUCAGGUUGUUCUCAAUUCCACGACCUGACGGACUUACACCUUCAAUACAUUCUGUUCCCGGAAGUCAAGCUAGCUUUGGGGUUUUCGAUAUGGGCGGUGCAUCGAUGCAUCGCCCUCCAACUGGUCGGAUUGGCCCUCGUCGAUUGAAACCCUUCAGUUUUCCUAUCUCUUUGAUGGGACCAUAUGCGAUGUUGAUGAGCCCAAGCCAAACGUUCAACCCUGUGAAUGGUACUUUCUCUACCAACGCAGGCCUCGCCACUAUCACUAGGGAUAGACCUAGAGCCCGUCCACCGCCGGCGAUGUGGAUGUUGAUGUGUCCAGGCCAAUCUUUUAACCCAAGAAACGGAACUUUCUCUACGAACGCAGGGCUCGCCGCUCCUAGGCCUACUCACCCCCGUACGCCACACAGGCUGGAUUCCCAUUUGCCGCAUUCACUCGAUGAUCUAUUUGUCCGAGCUGGUAGACGGAAGGUGGGGAUGGCCGGGGAACCAGACCCGCGGUCGAGGAAAUUCAUCCAAGAUACCAAUGCGAUUCUGCGGUGGGAGCUGCAAAACGAAAGGCUUCUUCAGCAGCAGAGAAGCGAAGAUCUGCAUUAUAUUAACCAGACGAUCCACGAUUCUGAUACUUUUGAAAGUGCCCCAAUCGAGGGUGGUAUUCAGUUCAUUCCCGGGGUCACACCUGACUCGAGUGCUCGCAGGCGAAGACGGCCGCGACGUGAGCGCCGCUCUGGUGAUUUUAUCUAUGAAGAACAUCCGCCGUUCCCGCCGCGGCCUGCAAGUCCGAAAUUGAUGAAUGAGCUGCCCAUGGAUCAUUAUAAUUAUCCUAUUGGCCCUUCUGCCCCCCAGCAACGCCGUGUAGAGAAAUUGAAUGACAUGAUCACUACCGGGGCUGAAUCUUCUGCUUUACAGAGUCGCCCACUAGCCCGUCGUACUCGCGUUACCGGGUCGGUCUCUCUUUCAAUGUAUCAAAACCUCAUGAUGGCGAUUGUGGUUGUGCGUGCGUUAGCCGGAGGUGCCGACGGUAGGAUGGUUGAUUGGAUUUUGGUAGGAUGCUGCUUCCCAGAGGAAGAUCCGAAGGUCGUCCAGGAUAGGGGAAAAGCAUUGCUGGCUAAAAAUCGCCUUCAAAUAGCGAAGAUGCAGGGCGACUUUCAAGAGCGAUUCAUUGAAGCAUACGCGAGGGAUGAAGUUCCCCCAAUUAACUACGACAAUCUGGAAGAGUAUGACUGGAAUGCUGUUAUUGAGUGGGCUAACGCCAACUUGGACGCUCCCAAGUCACAUACCACCCCUGAUUUGCCUGCCACGCGGGACCAGUUCAAUGAUAUAUUUGAGCUCCGUGAAGAACCGCUGAUGUCUAUGGACGAGUAUUAUCAGACCCACAGCGUCACGCUUAACCGCAAGAAAUUGAUACUAUCCAACGUCGCGUUCGCAGAGCCCCUACCGUCAAAAGCAAGCAAGCAGCGUCUCAAUCGACACAUAGAACUUUCCCAAUUCGAAACCGUCAAAACGUUUGUACGGGCAAACAUCCUCACCCCGGCAGAAGUAUACCGCGCUGCCGAUGCAAAGGCUGCUCUUGAGUAUGUCGAUCACAAUAUUCUCAGCAACGCACUUCAAGCCCUGGUAACAGAGCGCGUCAUUUCACAAAGCAACAAAGGUCGCAUCCUCCCCGGACGCAACUACGACAUCACGGAGCACUUCAUUUACACCCUGAGCAAACGGCGUGCGAUUGAAUCCACCGAGCUUCGGCGCGCAUCCAAAUUCAAAACCGACACCCUCGACUCCGCAUUCACCAGCCAGGGUGUCUACAGUGUCCCCUUCAAUGCCGAAGACGGCGAAAUCCUAGCCAUGAUCAACCUCUUCGCCUCAGGCCGACUCACAAUGGCUCCACGGGACCCCCCAAGAGACAAAUUCGGUCUCACGGAAGGAGGAUAUCUCACGCGGAUGAUGAACAAAGACAAGCUCCGCUUCCCUGUUGAUCUUUACCCCGUAGACGGGAAAUACAUUACAGGAAACCCUGUCUCUGAGAAGACAUCAGCAAUCCCACCCCCUUGUCCGCCGCGCUUCCCGCUCAACGAGACAUUGUCCCUCCCUGAGAAAUUCCCGCUAUGGUUCGAUAUACACGGUGGGUUUAUCUCUGUUCUCUGGGACCUUGCGGUUUCGGCUACUUUGAGUAAUGUUGUUGUAAGACCGGGGAUUACAGCUGAGAGGAUUGCGGGGAUGAUCAGGCCGACUAUGGGUGCCUGGGAGGUGCGCAUGGUGCUGGAUUGGCUAGUUGAAGUUGGGGUUAUGAAGAAGAGUGGGGGUGAUGAUGGUGAUGCAGAGCCUUCUUGGUUUGUUAUGGAUUGGUGGUGGAUGGUUUUGUCUUGAGUCUUUUUGGUGUAGUAUAUCUUGUACAGUAUUGUUAGACAAUGAAGCGAUGUUGACUGAAUGUUGAGCUGGACCACCGAGGAUUCAUACAUCUAAACUUGC